AAAUCUACCAGCAGGGGGAGCUACUUGCUGGCCAUUUCCCAGGAAAACCAAAUAAGGAAAUGACGUGCUGUCAGUGUGGCGAUGUCCUCAAAUAGAAAGUGAGUGAAACACGCUGAGGAGGACUGCCAGAGGUCCAGCGGACACUAAACCAGGAUGGGGGACGUGGCGGAGGACAAGUCCAGCUUCUACUCCAAUGCGGAGGACUACUGGAAGGAAGUCCCGCCCACCGUUGACGGGAUGCUCGGCGGCUACGGCAGCAUCUCCAGCAUCGACAUCAGCGGCUCCAAGGCCUUCCUCAGGAAGUUUCUCGGGGACGGCGAAGGGAAGACGGGGACGGGCCGCGCGCUGGACUGCGGCGCGGGGAUCGGCCGCAUCAGCAAGCGGCUGCUGCUGCCGCUGUUCCGGACCGUGGACCUGGUGGACGUGACCCAGGAGUUCCUGGACAAGGCCCGGGCGUUCCUGGGCGACGACGCCGAGCGGGUCGGAAACUACUACUGCUGCGGCCUGCAGGAGUUCAUCCCAGAACCGGACCGCUACGACGUCAUCUGGAUCCAGUGGGUCAUCGGUCACCUGACCGACGACCACCUGGUGGCGUUCCUGCGGCGCUGCCAGAAAGCCCUUCGUCCCGCCGGCCUCAUCAUCAUCAAAGACAACGUGUCGUACGAAGGCGUCGUCCCCGACGACGUGGACAGCAGCGUGUGCCGGGACCUGGACAUCGUGCGGCGCCUGGUGGGCCGGGCCGGCCUGCGGGUCGUCCACGAGGAGCAGCAGCUCAACUUCCCCAAGGAGAUCUACCAGGUGCACACGCUGGCACUCAGGUAGGGGGCGGAGCCUGUUGCCACGGCGUUGCCUGUUGCCACGGCAACACCCUCACCUGGACAGUUUUUAAGCUCCCCUUUUCAGGCCUGAUGUGAACUUUCCCACCUCUGAGGCUGACAGAACGGUUCUGGUUCUGGUUCUGAAACAUGAAGCCAGAUACGAGACAAACAGAUUUAUUGAUGCUCAAACCGGAACCACAGGCUCCGGGUCAGAACCAGGGCUCGGGUCAGGACCAGGUCUCGUUCUGCAGGCGGCCCGUCUUCUCCAUGGCGACCAGCAUCUGCUCCGCCUCCUGGGCGGACACGCCCCCUUCCUGCUGGAAGGCGAACUGCAGCGCGUCGCGCACGGCGGCCGGCAUCUGCUUGGCGUUCCUGAACAGAACCAGAAACCGGGUCAGGAACGUUUGAACCAAUGGGUCGAAAUAAAAACAGCAAAAACACAAA